AUGGCGGCAGCUAUGAAUGCAUGUCACAUUGUUCAGACUGGAAAGAGCCUGAAGACAUCAGUUGAAGAACUGAAAAUUUUUUUCGAGUGUCUGAUUAUCGAUGAGCAGGUGAUUCCAUUCAGUGGCAGGUCACAGCUCAAACAGUUCACGCCUCGCAAACCCAAUCCUGAAGGCCUAAAAAAUUUUGUCCUUGCAACACCAGACGGCCUGAUCUUAGACUUUGAAAUAUAUGAGGGAAAAAAGUCCACCUUGUUUCAGGGGAGUUCGGGCAUUGCCGAGGCAGCCGUGCUGAGACUAUCGAACGCUCUCGUCUCAGGAACAAAGCUCUUUUUUGAUAAGUAUUUCACCUCCAGACCAUUGCUUGACAAGCUGGCAGAGAAGGGAAUUUUUGGCACUGGCCCUGUAAUGAGCAGUCGUGUUCCGAAACACGUGAAGCUCUCCAGCGAAAGCACACUCAAAGCGAAGGAGCGGGGAACGUCAGAAGUGAUGGUCCGAGAUGAUGGGAAACAGGUCUUAGUCCGCUGGUAUGAUAAAAAAGCUGUCACCUUGAUGUCCUCCGUCCAUGGCAAGCAGCCUGAAGACAGCUGCCGCAGGUUGUACUCCAAGGAGAAAAAACGUGCAGUUGUGGCCAGGCCAAACAUAGUACAGCUGUACAAUUCUACCAUGAGACGUGUAGAUAUAGCUUGCCGCAUGAUCAGCAGUUACCGAAUGAAGGCCAGGGUGAAAAAGUGGACCAUCAGGUGCUUUUUCCACCUCAUUGACAUGGCCUUGAGUAACUCGUGGUUACUUUACACAAGAGACAUGCGCAACCAACAGAAACGCACAAAGGAUAUACUUAAAUUCCGCUUAUCAGUGGCAGAGGCUCUUAUCACCAAAGCAGAGGAGGAGACCACCAAGAGCGACAGUGACACAGAUGGGCAACCAGACACAAAGCGGGCUUCCCUGCCUCCUCUUCAAGCCACAGCGAAAGGCGUAGAUCACUUGCCACGAUUGGCUGAUGUGCCAAAUUCUUCACGCUGCAAAAUGAAAGGCUGCAACAUGAAAACAAAGUUUUUCUGCGUGAAGUGCAAGCUGUUCUACUGCAUCACGAAGGAGCGGCGAUGCUUUGAAGAGGUGCACUCCAUGUCGACAUUUCAUCCCUCACCAUCAUAAACUCUCAAGUUUGCCAUUCAUUUACGUUGUGUGUGUGUGUAUAUAUAUAUAUAUAUUGCAAGCACUAUUAACAUACUUCGUCGUUUUCAUUUGUACAUAGCCAUCAUCAUCAUCCCUGUUUUUCUUCUUCGCACAUGAGCUGGGGCGUUUCCUUUUUGGAAUAAAAAGCGCUUAACAGCUUGGUCGGUCUCGGUCUUAUAAAAAAACUAAAAGUCUAUUUAUGCUGCCUGGCAAUUUUUUGGAUGCAGCCCACCUAUACACUUCUCCAUUUUCACAUACCCGAGAAAGACUGCAUUAAGGCACUAGGUCUCACUGUCAAAAGUUCUUAACAUGACAAAAAUUGAAUCUUCCGGCAACCUAGUAAAUAGCAUAAUCUGUAAGUAUGGAAAAAAUUGGCAACACAAAAUGCACUUCGGGCCUCACAGGGGAACUAAUGAGGAAUGCUAUAUUAGGUCUGGGUUGGUAAGCUACACUUCAUUACCGGAAACCUGCCUACCAUGAGCGCAGGCUCAGUAAGCCAUUAACAAUGGAAAAAUGACAUAGGCUUGUAGUUCCUGCAUUAACUCCUCGUGAUUUGAGAUGCAGACAGCAUUUGCUCAGUUCUAGUUAAUAGUUUAUUGAUAAAUGAAGAAUUAUGUUGUAUUCUCACAAACCCAAGAACAGAGAGCUUUCUGGACUUUCCUGCACAAGAAUGGCCCAAACAUGUGAAAAUACUGUUUUGAAAUCUGUGACGUCAUAUAGUGUACUUGUACUGCUAUUUGUUCACAAAAUAUGAAAAUAAAAUAGACAAUUUGACCUUCAGUUUUUUUUUUUUU